AAAGAAUUGUAGGGUUGAGAGAAGCGUAAUUUCAAAUUUCAAGCUUGAGUGCAAUCGUCCCGCCCCGUUUAGACCGACAAACUUUCCCCACCCGUUCUCCAUCGCCAUUCGUACUGCGUGCGUCGCGGCCGACUUCUGUUUCUAUUUAUCACGUCAGGCGCUAACAUUCCUUCAAACCCUUAUACGCACAUAAGUAUUACCGGCAAUUACCGGUCUAGAUGCUUAAUUACGAUUUACGACGCUUUUAUUAUUUGCCAUAAGUGUUAUAACGUGUAGCACUUGUUCGGCAAUUACGAAAUUCCGAGCGCACUGGUUAUCAGGAAUUCCCCACGUGGUUGAUUGGAUUUCGCGUGUAUUUACAGUUGUUAUGGACAAUGGAUAAUAAUUGUGAUUUAAUAAAGACGAUCGCAGAUGACCAGGAAGUGCCAGACUUCUCUGAGAAUUCUGACAUAGAAGAUGAUUUUCAGCCUAGGAAGCAAAAGAAACGAGAGAACAGAGACUUCGAUAGUAGCUUUAAAUUCGUAAAUGAUGUCUCUGACUACAAUAAAGACACAUGGAACGAUUUGAGCAAGUAUAUAAAACGGAAAGCGAAAUCGAAGCUUGAUGAUAAAAUUAAGAAAAUCAGGAAAGGAGUUGAAAACGAGUUUCAAAAUGAAGUAGACGAUGAUUCUACUACAGAUGUGUUAGGAAUCAAGAAAGAAGAUGAUGAAAUAUCUUUGUCAGAAGAUGAACUCAAGAAAGACAUAUUUAAAACAAAGGAGAGGAAGGUUAAAAAGAAAAAAGUAGUGGAAGAAAAUGAUGAGGAAAUAAUCGACUUUGAAGAGUACUCAAACACAGAAACCCAUGCAACAUUUUACCAAAUGAAUUUAUCGCGUCCUUUAUUAAAGGCUAUUGGAACUAUGAACUUUGUGCAUCCGACGCCUAUACAAGCUGCCACUAUUCCCGUUGCAUUAUUGGGUCGCGAUAUAUGUGGCUGCGCCGCGACAGGUACCGGGAAAACUGCUGCCUAUAUGUUACCAACUCUGGAAAGAUUAUUGUACAGGCCAUUAGACGGUCCUGCUAUCUCUCGUGUUCUCGUACUUGUCCCAACAAGAGAACUGGGUGUACAAGUGUAUCAAGUUACAAAACAGCUAUCUCAAUUCACAACAAUCGAAGUGGGAUUGUCAGUCGGUGGUCUGGACGUGAAAGUUCAAGAAGCUGUAUUAAGGAAAAAUCCAGAUAUCGUGAUAGCCACUCCCGGGAGAUUGAUUGAUCAUUUAAAAAACACUCCGACGUUUUCGUUAGAAAGUAUCGAAGUACUUAUUCUAGAUGAAGCAGACAGAAUGUUAGAUGAAUAUUUCGCGGAACAGAUGAAGUACAUAGUGAAACAGUGUUCGAGAAGCAGGCAAACGAUCUUGUUCUCGGCUACUAUGACCGAAGAGGUGAAGGAUUUGGCAGCCGUGUCUUUAGACAAACCUGUCAGAGUAUUUGUAGAUAGUAAUCAAGACGUUGCAUUUAAUUUACGUCAGGAAUUUAUUCGGAUACGAAAGGAGCGGGAAGGAGAUCGAGAAGCGAUCCUGGCUGCUUUAAUUUGUCGAACUUUCCACGAUCACGUUAUGGUCUUCGUCCAAACCAAAAAACAAGCUCACAGAUUACAUAUCUUAUUAGGCUUGUUAGGUGUAAAGGUCGGAGAACUUCACGGAAAUCUCACGCAACCGCAGCGUCUAGAAAAUUUAGCGAAAUUCAAAAAUGAGGAGAUAGACGUUUUAUUAGCAACGGACGUCGCCGCGAGAGGCUUAGAUAUUAGCGGAGUGAAAACUGUGAUUAAUUUUGUAAUGCCAGCUACUAUGCAGCAUUAUAUUCACAGAGUUGGAAGGACCGCUAGAGCUGGUCGCGUCGGAGUGUCUGUAUCACUGGCUGGGGAACAAGAACGUUCACUAGUCAAAGAGAUUAUUAAAAAUGCGAAAAAUCCGGUAAAGAAUCGAAUAAUACCUCCCGACAUAGUCGAGAAGUAUAAUAAGAAGUUAGAGUCUCUCGAACCAGAUGUGGAAACAAUUUUAGAUGAAGAAAGAAACGAGAGGGAAUUAGCUAAACUGGAAAAUCGAACGAAUCGUGCCGAGAGAAUACUAAAAGAUGAGAAUAGUAAAGGCAUUCAAAGAACUUGGUUCCAAAGUCAGAAAGAAAGGAAGGAAGAGAAAGAAAAACUACUGUUAACGGAAAAACAACCGAAGACAAAUAAAGUAAAGAAAGAACAUAACAGAAAACCCCCAAACGUAGUUGAAGAGAAAAAGAAAAAGCCGAAGGGACCUAAGAAGGAAACUGCUGAAGAUCGAGCUAACAGGGAAUUGGACAAAAUUGCAGCGUAUCAAGCGAGAUUAGCUAAAAAGAGUAAUAAACAGAAGAAGAUUCGAACGGUCGUAGAGGAUAAUCGAUCUAUGAUGAAUGGAAGAGGAGCGACGAAACGGCCGAGAUCUUCAUUUGCCGCUGAUCUGACAAACACGAAUCAAAAGGCUGUGAAGAAAAUGCGUUACGACGCAAACGUUAAAAAGAAUCAAUCCAAAAGAAGGACUGCUAAGUUUUCCAGCGGAAAGAAGGACAACAGAGCAACUUUUAGAAAACGUUGAACUGAAUUGAAUAUUUUGAGCAUCGAACAGCCUGCUUGUAAUCGUAGCCAGCUCAUUUCUGCUUUGCUUAAACGACCCUGCUGCAGAAGAUCCCCUUUGUU